GAACACUUAAUCCACUGUGGUCAAGUAUUGGAACAAUGUCCCAAUACCUGUAACGUUUUUGUGCCACGCAUACGCAUGCGUGCCCACCUGAAAGAGUGUCCGCGUAACAAACGUCGUAGUGCCAGUGCAGAUCGUGUAGAUCAACAGGUCGACUAUCGAGUGCAGGUGGUGGAGAAUGAAAUAAAUACCCUACGUUCGGUAUUGAAUGAGGAAAUACGGCAGCGUUUGCAUUUGAUUACCGAUGUGGGAAAUCUGCGAAAGCAAAAUCAGGUCAUCGAUGAUUGGCAGCAGAGCACCAAUCAAAGUUUAAAAUCCCUGCAAAAUCGUCUGGACGAGGAGAAUACACAGAGGACAUUUGAGGUGGAACAGUGUCAGCAGGAUUUUCGUUGUUGUUUCGAUACUGUACAGUCCUUAAAGAGGGAGAUUCAAAAUGAAAUCGACGAUCUGGAGAAACACAUCAAUCAAAUGUCCUUGGAACUAACCCAACACCAAAAUCAUUUGAACGACAACAUCAUGAAACUGGAGGAGACGGUGUUGUUGCAUGAAAAAAUUAACAGGGAUAAAUUUAUUGAAAUUGAAAAUUACCUGCAAUCAAUCAAUUUGGAUUUAAAUGCCAAACUUGGUCCCGAACACGAUGUGGCCAAAUAUGCUGCCUUGGAUCUGGAAGUGAAAGGCAUGAAACACAUUGUCUGUGACACGGAAGAGCGUUGUGAUAAGUUGGAGACCCUAGUCAGCCAGAUUGAUCGGAAUUUACAUCACACCAUGCAACUGGUAAAUGAUUUGGAGAAUCACAUUGCCACCCAGCAGCGUUUGACGAGCUAUAUUAAUUGUAGAGGCCACUUGCUUUGGAGAAUAAAAGACUUUUCGAAAAAGUUUGAGGAAGCUCGCCAGUACGACACGAUUUUGCACAGUGCCAUGUUUUCCAACAAACCUUUUGGCUAUGCUUUAAGACUGGAUAUCUACUUGAAUGGCAAGGGCACGUGGAAGGGACGCAACAUGAUAGCCUGCCUCAAUGUUAUAGCUGGAGAAUAUGAUCCCCUACUGCCAUGGCCAUGCCGCCUGCAGGCCGAUGUAAUUAUACGAGAUCAAACCAUAAAUGCCACCAAUCCUGAGGAUUAUGUGAAAACGGUUAUGGUACGAAAGAAAAGUGAUGAUUACAUCCAGACGAAACAAUUCUUUUAUAUUCCACACACGAUAUUGAAACAAUCGAAUUAUAUAAAAAAUGACAGUCUCUUUGUGGAAGUAAGGAUUUUGAAAUAAAAAAUAUAAUUUUUAA